AUGGCUGAAGACACUAGAAAAGCAAAAAGAUUGGAUUCAAAACCUUAUAGCCAACGAAUACAUGUUUUGAAACAAGCUUGCAAGUCAAGACUAUAUCACCAAAAAGCGAAGUUGAAACAGACAAAAAAGAAAUAUCUUUUGUACAACAAACAAAACAACUUUCUAUUUUGUUUUGUGCAGAAAGUUGGAUGUACAUUCUGGAAAAGAAUUUUUCUGUCUCUAGAAAACAAGAUGGAUACGAAUCUGACAGACUUGUCUCUAGUACAUAAGAUGGACUUGCCAAUAAUCUCCCGGGAGUACAGGGAUGUAGAUGUGAAAAAUUUCUCUAAAUCAGCGUUUUCAGUUUUGUUUGUUAGAGACCCUUAUUCUAGACUCUUUUCUGGAUAUAUUGACAAAUUCUUAUAUCCAAAUCCACAUUACUGGAGUGUAUAUGGAGCAAAAAUUAUAAGAAAAUACAGGAAGAAUGCUUCAUUAGAAAGUAUGCAAUGUGGAUAUGACGUCACAUUUGCCGAGUUUGUAGAAUAUGUUGUAGAUACUUAUGAUUACAAACCACGCCUUCUUGAGGAUCAUUUUAGUCCUAUACAUCAACAUUGUAGACCAUGUGAAAUCGAUUAUAAAAUAAUAGGUAAAAUGGAAACUUUUGGUGAUGAUGUGAAUUAUGUAUUUGGUGAACUCAGGGACAAAAGUUUCCGACAGUUUAGUGUAAGACACAACUUCAGUGAAGAAUUGCUUCAAAUUGCGAACGAUCUGCGUUAUUAUAAGAAUCUCAACAAAACUUGUCUGAGAGAAGUUAAUGUGUCUGAAAGGGUCUUAAAGACCUUAUAUCUUCGUGGAUUUAUAAGUAAAGACAAAAUAGUCACCUGCAAUAUUUCGUCAUUAACAGCUUCAAGUGUCAAGUAUUAUAGAAAAAUAUUAUCUAGUAAAAUAAUAAAAGAAGAGAAGCGACAACAAUUAGUAGCUCACUACAAAUCUCUUGGAAAACCAUUACUUGAUAGAGUGAGAUCAUUUGUGAAACCAGACUGUUUAAUGUUUGGAUACAGUGAACGUCCAGACGAUAUAUUUAAUCAUUAAUAAUUGUGUAACGGGUACAUAAAUGUAAAGGUCUUUCAGCUAAUCUUAACGCUUUACUUUUAAUGAAAACAAACGAUAAUAGAAAAUACGUUGUCAUUAAAGAUAUUGAUUCACAUAUAUACCUAUUUUCGCAACUAUUAUUUCAAGAUCAUUAUAGAUAUAUUACAUGCUAACAAUAAAG